AUGUAUCAAAUUCCUUUCUCUGCAUUUCAAAACCAAAACCCAUUAUCAAUGUCAUUCAUCACCCACUCAUCACCAUCUUCUUCCCCUUUCACCAUUGCCACCUCUAUGGGAUUCACUCCCACCCCUUCAAAUCUCACUUUCAAAACCACAACUACUUUCCCUUUCUCUUUCUCCUCCACCAGAAACCGCUCCCGUUUUGCCUUAGUUGUCAGAGCCAAAACUGAAACUGAUUACUACUCAACAUUAAAUGUUAGUAACAACGCUUCGUUGCAAGAAAUCAAAAGCUCCUACCGGAAACUUGCUCGCAAGUACCAUCCGGAUAUGAACAAAAGCCCUGGAGCAGAAGAGAAGUUCAAGGAGAUUGGUGCUGCAUACGAGGUAAUUCUUCUACCACUACAAUGCUAUAUUCUCUAUUGUCAACUAUCAAUGAAGCUCCGAAAUUGA